AUGGUUUUGAAAGAGGCGAUGGCGAGCGGUGUGGGCGAGCGAGUGGCGGCGUUGGAGGCGAAGCUGAGGGAGCAGGGCGACGCCAUGGCUGCCAUGCAGCGCGACUUGGCCGAAACGCGCCGCGCCAUGGCCCUCCUCAAGGGCAUGGCGGCGACGGGCGCUUCGGCGGAGAAGAGUGUGGGGGAGAAGGCGGAGGGCAUUGGCACGCAGCCGUCGAAAGGCGCACUGGAAGUGGAGGAGGUGAAGGCGCAGAUAGAAGCGGUGAGGGGGGAGGCCAGUGAGAUGCGCGGGGAGAUGGGCGCGCUGAAGAUGGAGGUGGCGCAUAUGAAGUCGACGGCAGCGCACGCAGAGGGGCGCAUCAACGACUUGAAGCUGGAACUCGCGACGCUCAAGGACGGCCGCGUUGAGAAGAGCCGCGCCGAGCCCGAGGAGAGCAGCGCGGGGAAGCGGCGGAAGAGGGACGAGUCGCCGGGGAAGGAGGAGGAGAUCGCCGGUGCUGCUGCGGCCACCGAGCCUAAGCCUAUUGCGGCCGAAGGCGAGAAGAUGGCGGAAAGCGAGAAGAUGGCGGAAAGCGAGAGCGAAGAGGAGUGGGGCGCGAAUGGAGAGGAGGACUUCGACGUGGAGAAUGAGCUGCAGGACCUGUGUAACCGCGUGGUGGUGCUGGAGAACCGAAUGGCGGUGGACCUGGAAGAAGUUGGAGGCAAGACGUGGGAGGUAUUGUUGAAGCUGUGGGGCAAGAUUGUGCCGGGCGAGACUCGCCUGGACCUCGAUGGUGUCUACCUCACCGAUGCUGCUCUCACUCGAGUCACCUCCCUGCGCUCUCUCACGUGGCUCGGCCUUCGGGGAUCCUCCGGCUUCACUGCUGAGGAGGUGACUCAACUCUUUUCCCUCACCAGUCUCACAUUUCUGGAUCUGUCAUCUACCAAUGCCUCAGACGUUUCUCUUGAUGGUAUUAGCAGCCUUAAGGUUCUCAACAAUCUAUAUCUUGGUGGGACCAAGAUAACCGAUGCAGGAAUAGCAAAGCUGCGGGGGUUACCAGGACUCGUGUCUCUGGCCUUAAAUGGUUGUGAGUCGGUCACCUCUGCCAGCAUGGUGUAUGUGGGCAAACUGACGUCACUGCAGUAUCUGUGGCUUAGAAACACUAGAGUGGGGGAGGAUGGGCUGAAGCAUCUGACUGCUCUCACCUCCCUCAAGACCUUGAGCUUGCCUCCAUGGGUGACUGAUUCCACUCUGAAGCUCCUGAGGAAUAUGAAGCGCCUGGAGAAGCUGGGGCUGUGGUACGCUCAAAUCACUGCUGAAGGUGUCAGAUGGCUCAACGGGCUUAAGAGCCUUCAGGUGAUUGGGACGGCAUCUGAAACUGUAGAAGGCCUGAUUAGGGACAACUUCCCGGAAAUAAUUGUCACAGAUAGUAAUAUCUGA